GGCGGCGGCGGAGGCCGUGGGGGCCCGGGCGCACGGGAGCGGGAGCGGCCCGGGGAGCCCGAUCGCACCAUGGAAGCGGCGGCGGCCGGCCGGGGCGGCUUCCAGCCGCACCCGGGGCUGCAGAAGACGUUGGAGCAGUUCCACCUGAGCUCCAUGAGCUCGCUGGGCGGCCCGGCCGCUUUCUCGGCGCGCUGGGCGCAGGAGGCCUACAAGAAGGAGAGCGCCAAGGAGGCGGGCGCGGCCACAGUGCCGGCGCCGGUGCCUACUGCCGCGGAGCCGCCGCCUGUGCUGCACCUGCCUGCCAUCCAGCCGCCGCCGCCUGUACUACCUGGGCCCUUCUUCAUGCCGUCGGAUCGCUCCACCGAGCGCUGUGAGACCGUGUUGGAAGGGGAGACCAUCUCUUGUUUCGUAGUGGGAGGCGAGAAGCGUCUGUGCCUGCCACAGAUCCUCAACUCGGUGCUGCGCGACUUCUCACUGCAGCAGAUCAACUCAGUCUGCGAUGAGCUGCACAUCUAUUGCUCACGCUGCACCGCCGACCAGCUGGAGAUCCUCAAAGUCAUGGGCAUCCUGCCCUUCUCCGCGCCCUCGUGCGGGCUCAUCACCAAGACGGACGCCGAGCGCCUGUGCAACGCGCUGCUCUACGGCGGCGCCUAUCCGCCGCCUUGCAAGAAGGAGCUGGCGGCCAGCCUGGCGCUGGGCCUGGAGCUCAGCGAGCGCAGCGUCCGCGUGUACCACGAGUGCUUCGGCAAGUGCAAGGGGCUGCUGGUGCCCGAGCUGUACAGCAGCCCUAGCGCCGCCUGCAUCCAGUGCCUCGACUGCCGCCUCAUGUACCCGCCGCACAAGUUCGUGGUACACUCGCACAAGGCCCUGGAGAACCGGACCUGCCACUGGGGCUUCGACUCAGCCAACUGGCGGGCCUACAUCCUGCUGAGCCAGGACUACACAGGCAAGGAGGAGCAGGCCCGCCUUGGCCGCUGCCUGGACGACGUGAAGGAGAAGUUCGACUAUGCCAACAAGUACAAGCGGAGGGUGCCCCGGGUCUCAGAGCCCCCAGCUUCCAUAAGACCCAAAGCAGACGACACUUCCUCACAGUCCCCUGCGUCUUCUGAGAAGGACAAGCAGUCCACUUGGCUGCGGACCUUGGCUGGUUCCUCCAAUAAGAGCCUUGGCUGCGCUCACCCUCGCCAGCGCCUUUCUGCUUUCCGGCCCUGGUCCCCUGCAGUGUCAGCAAGUGAGAAAGAGACCUCCCCACACCUCCCAGCCCUGAUUCGAGACAGCUUUUACUCCUACAAGAGCUUUGAGACAGCUGUGGCCCCCAAUGUGGCCCUAGCACCACCAACCCAGCAAAAGGUUUUGAACAGUUCACCAUGCACCACUGUGGUCUCUCGGGCACCAGAACCUAUUACCACUUGUAUCCAGCCACGGAAGCGGAAGCUGACCAUGGAAACACCAGGAGCCCCAGAUAUGCUGACAUCUGUGGCUGCCCCAGAGGAAGACAAGGAUUCUGAGGCUGAGGUGGAAGUUGAAAGCAGAGAGGAAUUCACCUCCUCCUUGUCCUCGCUGUCCUCUCCGUCCUUUACCUCGUCCAGCUCUGCCAAGGACCUAAGCUCCCCAGGCAUGCAUGCUCCUCCUAUGGUUGCUCCUGAUGCUGCAGCCCAUGCUGAUGCCCCAAGUGGGCUGGAGGCAGAGUUAGAGCAUCUGCGGCAAGCCCUGGAGGGUGGCCUGGAUACCAAGGAAGCCAAAGAGAAGUUCCUACAUGAGGUGGUAAAAAUGCGUGUGAAGCAGGAGGAGAAGCUGACAGCAGCCCUACAGGCUAAGCGCAGCCUGCACCAGGAGCUAGAAUUCUUGCGUGUGGCCAAGAAGGAGAAAUUGCGCGAAGCCACCGAGGCCAAGCGCAGUUUGAGGAAAGAGAUUGAGCGGCUCCGAGCUGAAAAUGAGAAGAAGAUGAAAGAGGCUAACGAGUCUCGGGUGCGCCUGAAGCGAGAGCUGGAGCAGGCGCGGCAGGUCCGGGUGUGUGACAAGGGCUGUGAGGCCGGCCGCCUGCGCGCCAAGUAUUCAGCCCAGAUUGAGGACCUGCAAGCAAAGCUGCAGCAUGCAGAGGCGGACCGAGAGCAGCUUCGAGCUGACCUGCUGAGGGAACGUGAGGCCCGUGAGCACCUGGAAAAGGUGGUGAAGGAGCUUCAGGAGCAGCUGUGGCCUCGGCCACGGCCUGAGAAUGUGGGUGGCGAGGGCAGUGCCGAGCUGGAUCCCUAGCCUGUGCAGUGCCUGCCACUGCCACAUGGACCUCCAUACGUGCGCAGAGGGCGGCGGGUACGUGGCUCUGCAGACCCAGCCCACGCCUCUGCAGCCACACAGCACAACGUCUCUACUGUGCCUAUUACCAAGCGAGUGUUUGUAACCACAUACUUUUGGAAUCCACUGCAAAAUUUUCUACUGGCCAAGUUCAAGUGAGCAAGCCAUGUCCCCCAGCUGCAGCCAGAGUUGAGACUAGCUCUGUGGCUUGUAGCUGGUCCUCUGCUUGCUAGAACAUUCUAACAUUUACACUUUUGUUAUAAGCUAUUUAAAACCAGUAAGAAGACUUGAUAUUCAGAAAAUCAACAUGUUUUUUAAUGACUAACUGUAAAAGGCCCCUACACGUGACGCCAUCUGGACACCCACUCUGGUGGGGGUGGCACCCACCCACCGCCGUCCUGGGAAGCCAUCACCGCUCAUCUGUGCCCGCGGCUGCAAGAGGACAGCAAGGGUUUUCUUCAGAGUCUAUUUUUUCAGCCACAAGGACCCCAGUCUUCCUGCUGCUGCCAGGAAGAGCAGGGAGAGCGCCGCGUGCCGAGAUGAGCCCCAACACUGCCCGCCUUACCGCCGCUGCCCCGCCCACCAACAUCACCACUAACCCUGCCGUGCAGGCACCAGGGGUCCUGAGUCACAGUCUCUCCAGGCCCCUGGAUGCCCCUGCCCACCUACACCUUGAGGGCCGACCUGUGUUAGGCAGUGGCCAUGGUCCAGUGUCAUGUUGUAUUGUUCCCCAUACACACCGCCCACCCACCCACACGCUGCUUGACCACAGCAACCCCUUUUUUCAAUGCAGCAGACAUCACUCCUCUCAUCUUGGGACUGAGGCUGCAGCAUUGGAACAAAAACAGCAUUAUAUCACUUUUUUCUUUCUCUCUCUUUUUUUUUUUUUUUUUGUUCAUUUAAACAUGUAUUUAGAACUGCGCUCUGUCAGAACCCUCCCUUCUCUUUUUACCCCCAGUUAACUGAGGUUUUUACUGAUUUCUAGAGCAGUUCAAACCCUGAGUGCUCGAGUGCUUAGAAAUCCCCUCUGGUGCUUGGUUGAACAAGGGAAUCACAAGAAAACGAAAAUGCAGAGACUGAACUUGGGGGUCGUUCUGUGCCUUCCAGCAUCUUGUACAGCAAACCCUGACUUGUCUUUUUACCCCCAAAAUAUCGUCUUCAGUAGCGAUUGAAUCUGCCACUGUCAAAAUACGUUACUUGCAUUUAUUCCAAAUAAUCUCGUUUACUCUUAACUGUUUAUGCAAAUUGUAUAAGAUUUCUUAUGCCCAAGCUUGAAAAAUGAUUUCCUAGUCGACAAGAGGCCACCACCCAUCCUCCAGUUGUGUUAUUUACAUGAGAAGAUCACACAGAAGCCCUCCCUCCGCUCCAGUCCCGACAGGGCAGCCGUGAGCUGAGGGAGGUGGAGGUGGCUUGUGCAGGUACAAGACCUCAAGGACUCUCUCGCCUGCGACUGGAGACUGCUAAGCCCUGACACUCGGUGCCGAGGUCGUCUGCAGGGUUUUGCCCUUGGUUUACUAUGGGGGGCUGGGCUGCUGCCAGGUCCCCCCUUCUGAAGUGCAAUGCAAAAGGGACGUCAUGUAUAUGCAGCGUUUAUUUGGAGUUUUUUUCUUUGGCUUUUUUCCUCUCAGUUAUGAAACUUGUAUGCAUGGAUUUCACAUCUCCAUAGCUAGACCCACCCAUGGGCAUUAUGACCGUGUCUCCUAAAGGGUCAGUUUUGUUACACAACACGAAGAAUGCUGUUUUCAGCCUUGUUUUUCUAGAGUUGUGUUUUUCAGUCAUUUCUUCAAGGAAAACUAAAUGAUUUAGUUGGAGCAAAGCUUUAAGUGUGUUGGUGUGCUUCUGUGUGGCUGUCCCUGUUGCCCAGUUGGAGAUCACAGUGAUUUGGGCCCCUUUGAGCCUUGGGUUCCAGGGGCACUUGCUUUUAUCAAUAGAGCCUCUUCUUGCCACAGCUUUGGUCACCAUCAGUUUCCUGGCCUCCUUGGUCCAGCACUGGCCCCAUUAUGGGAGGAAGUGCGCUGUCUGAAGCGGAGACUCCUCCUCCUCCUCACGUGCCAGGAUGACUUGGGUCUGGGAAGGGCUUGUCAUCCAUGAGUUGUUCCUCCUGAGUCCCUCCUCCCUGCUUCCUGUGAGGCCCUGGCAGGCAGUGGGACCAGAGUGCAGGCUCCCAUUUACCGGAAGCUUGUGAUCUAGGUCCUCCUAAUGCUUCUGCCAGACGCCGGGCCGCCCCGGGUGAAGCUAGUGAAGCACCGGGUGUUUUGUGCGGCUGCCGUGGAAGGCGGCCCUGUCUGCUGCAGGACCUGCCAUGGACUGAGCACAGCCAGGUACUGCGUGCCUGGCUCCCCGUUAGGAAGGCUGCAAAUUUCUUUUCAGAGAAAGGGAGGAGAGGUUUCCAUCAUGUUGGCUGUUGACUCUCCCUGUAUGUUAAACCCUUUAUCAGUUUACUCAUUAUUUCUAUCCUGAAAAUUUUUUAACGAAGGGAAAAAAACAACAGCAAUAACACUCAUUGGUGAGCAGCUAACUCAUACACAUGACACCCUGCUUUUCAUACAGAACUAGCCAAUGUAAAAACAACUCACAUGUAAAUACUUUUUCCCAUUUCACACCAUUGUAUUAUACGUGUAUAGGGUGAUUCCUUUUCCAGAAACUUUUCUUACCUGCUGGUUGUCUUGUUUUCUGGGUUGUUUUUAACUGAGGAAAAAUUGCUCAUCUGCCAGAGGGGACAGAAGCGUCUUGUGGCAUUUCCCAUGUGGUGUCCUCCAUGGCCACCCAUUAACCCCAGUUCCUACUUAGAGUAUCCUCCGAAGUCUCUCCCCACAUGCCCACCCUAGGGCUUGGGGGUGGGGGGGUACGUUAAGUCAGGAUUCUCAAAUGACAUUUUCAUCAAUUAAAGAAAAAUAAACCCACCUCAACCUUCAUAACUGCCCAGGCCCCUGCACCCUCCAGUCCUGUGCUGCUGCUAAUGACAAUAUGAUGGCUUACUCUGCUACUCGAGAACUAUUUUUAUGUAAUUAAUGUAUGCUUUCUUGUUUAUAAAUGCCUGAUUUUAAAAAGGAAAAAAGAAAAAGCUUGGCAUAUUUAUCUA